UAUAUAAUACUGAAUUUAUCCAAAAAGAGAAAUCAGAAUCUUUUAAGUUUGCCCCGCAAUUCGAUUCUCUCUACGGUGUCGUCGUCGGUGGACGGAUGGCGACGAUGGUUGCCAAAUCUUCAUCUUUUACCCUGCCAUUGAUUUUCCUUUUAUUUACGAUUCUAUCCUCUUCUAACGCCUUGGUUUUCACCCCCUAUCCUAAAGCCAUCUCCGAUUUGAAAGAGGCAAUUGUGAAGGGAUUGGGAUUCCAAGCCGAUGAUUUUAAAAUUUCAGGGUUCGAUCUGAGGGAUGCCCUUGUAGGCCAUUCAGUGGCAUAUGAAUUCGACGUUGAAAUCGAUAACAAGGCGAUUUCUUUUAAGCUUUUGGAGGAUGUAAAUCGAUGGGAGUACGUUGAUUUGCCCAUUUUUAGGGUGAAAGAGCCAGCUAGACCCGGAGACCAAAAUGGGUUGGUGGAGCAGAACAGUGCAUCGGAUAAUGGGUUACCCGUUUUGGCCCCUUUUCAGCUGGCUGGACCCAUGGAGCUCUGGAUUCAAGACGCCAAGGAUAUGCGCAUCUCCUUGCCGCACGAUGUGGAUGCUGGUGUCUUGAAAAAGGUAAUUUUAGCAGAUGGUGCUGUGGUAACUGUUAAGGGUGCGAGAUCAGUUAGCCUGCGCCACCCAAUUGAUCUUCCAUUACCUCUCAACCGAACUCAUAAUGGAUUUGCAUCUGGCCUUAUGGCCCUGGCUGAGCAUCUUCGUCAUGCUUCUCGCAGUCAAGAUGCUCCAAUCCUCUCCCUCCGCAUUGUUGGCCCAACUUCCCUUACUGUUCCAUCGUCGGCAUCUUCAAAUAACAAGUUGAAGCUUAAGCGACUUGCACCUGGCCUUGUGGAACUAUCCUCCAUUUCUAAAACUACAGCCAUGGAUGCCCUUUCCACUAUUGAUCUACGGGAAGAAGCUGCUACAGUUCUAACCCCAAAUCAUUUUGCCACGAUGUGGCCUCUUGCUUCCAUCAAUGGUUCGAAUGCCAAUUUGCUUGGUUUUGAGACACUGCUAUCAUCUGUGCUGGGUCCAAAGGCAAACAGGAAAGGUUACUUUAAGUUACUGAAGGCUGAUGUGUCAGCCCAGACAUUUGUGAAGAUUGGUUUCGGGAUUGAAAAGAAGUUGAAAGAAGGAGAUGGGUUUGAUUUCGAGGGUUUUCCUGAGUGGAAGACAAAGCCUGAGACAAUAAGAAUGCAUUUUGAGGUACUGGCUAAGGUUGAUGGCGAUAAAGUUAUACCAGAGAGAGUGGUGCAGGUUAACCCUGUUGUUGUGGAGGAUACAAUGGCACCAAAUGUGCUGACGGUAAACAUAACCAUGUCAACAUCUCCUGUUGUUCACCCUCCUUCCAAUCCCUUCACCUUGUAAAUUGUUGAAGAGGGAAAUGGAUUAAGAUUUUGUCUAGUUAAAGAAACUGUAAAGUUGAGGUUUAUCAAUUGUCCUUGUUUUUUCUUGGAAUAUCUGAUGAGUAAGAAGAGCUGUAAAUAUAAAUUUGUGGCUUUGUCACUACCCAUCGGCUCAUUGAAUAUAUAAUUCUCUCAAGUAGUUCAAAAUUUUGGAUGGUUUCUGGGAUAAUUUGUGGUACAAGUAGUCUAAAGGAUGAUAUCAUAUGCUAGCUUCUCAUUUGACUUCUAGAUUAACCAGAAAAUGAAUAUAUCAUUGUUUAGCCGAUCUCAAUUGAUGGAGCAGUCGUGUUGUUAAAUAUUACUAACAGAUUCAUCCAAGUACCAAAACAUAUACAAAGCCCUAUAAGGCUGUAACAGAUUUAAGCAGCUUAUAUCAUAAAGACCCGCUUAUCACCCAUUCAUUUCUUGAUAAAGGCAAUACCCUUGUGAAUGCUUCCUUCUAACUCUUUCUUUGCUUUCUCCAAACCAACAUUGUUAAACAUCAAACAGGAAUUAGUUAAGCAAUCUGCUAUCUGUACUAAGAAUAGUAAAAGUGAUUAUAUAUCUAACAUAAAAUAUAAUUCAAUAUAUAGCUCUCAUACUCGAUUAGAGGCCUCGGUUGAUAGAUUUCCUCAGCUCCAGUACGACCAAGUCAUACCCUGGUUGCAAAGAAAGGGAGUUCUGUAAC